AGCAAGUCAAGGCCGAGUACUCAAUCAUCAAGUGCACCCUCGACGCCAUCAUCAAGAACGAUGCCUUGCACGACAAGAUCGAGGAGACUGUCCGAGCCAUGACUCAAGUCCAGUACGAAGCAUCUCGUCUCCUGGAGCUGCAUCUCAGGCGGUGCUUGGACAAGGGUAUCACUCUCCCCGCCGUGUCGUCGAGUGAACCCGCGUUUGUUCGAAAGUGUUUCAACAUGGUGCAGGCAGGAGCAGUGGGUGCCAGGACGAACACCCCAGAAGAUGACAGGCAUCUCCUCGACACAUAUGACCUGUAUCGACGUGCAUGGGGAAAGUCGUGUAUCCUGCCUUCUGUGUCCCUCCCAAAGGGUACUGGCUCGCAGAUCCUCACAUUGGCUGUCAAGACCUAUGCUGUCAACUGCGAGACCCACGUUCUCGAUCGAUACUGGUCCCUUCUACGCCGAUUCUGCAAUCUGGCCCUGAUUGCUCCCAAGGGUGUGAAACGGCACACACACGUCGAGGAGUGCAUGAAGCUGAUGGAGAACCCCCUCUCCAAGACACUUCUCGGUGAUCUGAGGAAAUCCUUCGCCCACCAUGCCGAC